UGUAGAGCCCUCCCCCCCCUCCAUCCCCCAUCUGAGGGUCCAGCCUACAGUCACCAGCAGUGUCUCAAGUCUUUCACAAAACCCAUUCCUCCUUCUUUGCUGUACCACCGGCUGCUGCUGAAUCGUUUUCAAGGUGACCGUGCUGCAGGAUGUCUUCUACCCCAGAGCUGCCCCCCUUCCUCUUCACCACGCUGCCCUCCUUCCCCUCGGCCACUCCAGGAGUCCCGACGGCGGAGGUCAAUGCCACCUCGUGCCAGGAGUGGGAGCAGGCCCACCACCUCCUCUUCCAUCUGGGGAGCCUGUCCCUGCUGCUGGGUCUGGUCAUCCCUACCACCCUGGGCCUGCACAUGAUCCUGCUGCGCCUCCUCCUGAUGACAGGAUGUGGUUUCUUCAUUGUGUGGGCGACUCUGUACAGGUGCAACCUGGAUGUGAUGGUUUGGAACGUGGUGUUUCUGGUGGUCAACUUCAUGCACUUGUUCUUCCUGCUGUACAAGCGCAGGCCGAUUAAGAUCGACAGGGAGCUGCGGUCCAUCUACAAGCGGAUGUUUGAGCCCCUCCAUGUGCGGGAGGCUCUGUUUCAGAGGCUCACGGGACAGUUCUGCACCAUCCAGACCCUGAAGAAAGGCCAGGCCUACGCUGCCGAGGACAAGACGUCUGUGGACGAACGCCUCAGCAUUCUCCUCAAAGGAAAGAUGAAGGUAUCAUACCGAGGCCAUUUCCUCCACAACAUCUAUACCAAUUCAUUUAUUGACUCUCCAGAGUUCAGGUCCACUGAGAUGCACAGAGGAGAGAAGUUUCAGGUGACCAUCGUGGCAGAGGAGAACUGUAAGUUCCUGUGUUGGUCUCGAGAGAGGCUCACCUACUUCCUGGAGUCAGAUACUUUCCUCAAUGAGGUGUUCCGGUACCUCAUUGGCAAAGACAUCACCAACAAACUGUACUCUCUGAAUGACCCCACACUCAGUGACAAGGCAGUGAAGAAGAUGGAACGCCAGCCCAGCCUGUGCUCUCAACUGUCGAUGACGCAGAUGAGGAACAGCAUGGCGAGCACCAGCGACACUGACGAUGUCCUGAACCAGAUCCUACGAGGAGGAUCGGCUGGAUCAUCGCUCCGUUACUGUAACCAUGAGUGCCUUUCAGAAGACCAGUUUACAGGAGAGUAUUCCAUUGGUUUAUUUCCCUAACCUCAAGAUGAUUAGAGAUGCUGGUGUACCAAGAACGUGUAAAAAGAACAAACAGAAGCUGAGGGAAAGACGUGGGCUCGAAAUGUCACUAGCAUUUAAAUCCUUCUAACGGGAGCUAAUUGGUGUGCAGAUCAGUUUGUUCUUUCUAUGCUAUUGUUUUGAUCCAGCACCCAUCCCAUUUGUGCGUUAUAUUGUACCAUGAAUGUGGCCUAUUACUUCAGAGGUUCAGAGGUUCAAUUUAUUCAUCCAUAAAAACAUGGAAAUUGCAGUUCUACCGUCCUAAUCAGCCAAUACUGAUAACCAAAAUGCAGGACAUAAAUACCAACAAAAAAAUUAUAAUAUUAUGAUAUAAUAAUAUAACGUCCUCCAUGUUGUCACAGCACUAAUUUCAUCAGCACAGUGCCAUGUCAUACUCUGCACUCUGCCGCUCUCACUUUCUCUGCUGUACUGUUUUCAUUCACUAAUUAUUUCCACUCGCUUCUACUUUGGGGUUUCUCGGUUUAUCAGUGUUCAGUCACCACAACGUACAUUUCAAUAUCAUCAAACUACAUUUUUUUCAAAGCAGGAUACUUUUAACAUACAGAAACAUUGAACUGUGUCUAAAUAAAAUUAGUCCUGGCACAAUGAACUUGAAGAAAUACUCAAAAAUGAUCAUUUGUAUUACUCACCCCAUGCUUUCUUGAAUUCUUGAAGAAAAAUGUGUUUUUCUUGCAUGCCUCUAGUCUACGGUGAACAAAGAAUAAAAAAAUAGGUGGCCACGUGGACGCCUGUGAGAUAGAAUUCAUUCAAAUUUUUGAAUUGAUUCAGUUCAGAUUCUUUCAUUUU